AUGCCCACCAAAUCACCCUAUCCAGAUGUGGAAAUACCGAAUGUCGACCUCUGGGGGUUCAUGUUUGACAGGAAAGACCGCGAUUUCUCAGACGACAAGGUCAUCUACCGCGCAGUCAAUUCCGACCGAAAGUACACCUUUGCCGACGUAAAGAGCCAUGCGACACUGUUCGGAGAAGGGCUUCGAAAUCUGUGGGACUGGCAAAAGAAUGAUGUUUUGGCUCUCCAUGUCCCCAAUGACAUUGACAUCCCGCCUGUUAUAUACGGCACCUUUUUCGCAGGUGGAAUCGUCACGCCUGCAAACCCCGCCUACUCUGCAGAAGAACUGGCCUACCAACUGAAGAAUUCCGAGGCCAAGGCGCUCGUUACGACCAAGGCGUUUAUGAAGACAGCACUGGAAGCUGCACGCAAAGUCGGCCUGGCAAGCGACCGCGUCAUCUUGCUGGGCGCGGAAAGAGACGAAACCCAUCAGUGCAAGCACUGGAGCAGCAUCCGGAAAACAUCAGGCGCCUUGCGGUACCGCCGCCGGAAAGCCGACCCCGAAGACCUCGCCUUCCUCGCCUACAGUUCCGGCACGACAGGGCUACCCAAAGGCGUGAUGCUGAGCCACCGCAACAUUGUCGCCGACUUGCUCGCCAUCCUAGGCGGAGUCGGCCACUGGUACACGUCUGCAGACGACAAGAUCCUGGGCGUACUCCCCUUCUUCCACAUAUACGGACUCACGGGCCUCGUGCACCAGACACUGCAUCGCGGCAUCGAGGUGGUUGUGAUGCCCGCGUUUGACCUGAAAGUCUUCCUCGAAGCCAUCCAAACACACUGCAUCACGUACAUCUAUGUUGCGCCGCCAGUGGUGGUACGGCUAUCGCGGGACAAACUAGUCGAUGAGUACGACGUGUCGUCGGUGAAGAUGAUUACGUGUGGUGCCGCGCCGCUGUCGAAAGAGCUCGUGGAAGCUGUGUACAAGAGACUGGGACUCAAGAUCAACCAGGCAUAUGGACUCAGUGAAACAAGUCCCGUGACGCAUAUUCAGCCAUGGGACGAAUGGCACUCGUCCAUGGGCAGCGUAGGCAAGCUACUCCCCAACCUGCACGCCAAAUACAUGUCUGCAUCCGGCACAGAGCUGGGUCCCGGUGAAGCGGGCGAACUGUGGCUGCGCGGCCCCAACGUCUUCAAGGGAUACUGGAGAAACGCGGCCGCGACAGCCGACUCGCUGACGCCCGACGGCUACUUCAAAACGGGCGAUGUGGGCUUCGCCGAUGCCCACCACAACUUCUACAUUACGGACCGCGUCAAAGAACUCAUCAAGUACAAGGGGUUCCAGGUGGCGCCCGCCGAGCUCGAGGGCAAGCUGCUCGAGAGCGACCUCGUCGAUGACGUUGCUGUGAUUGGGGUCCACGACGACGACAUGCACACCGAGGUGCCCAGGGCGUACCUAGUUGCCGCCGAGGGCAUACGCGGUCGUGCUGGCGAGGCCGAGGCUACGCAGAUUGUACGCUGGCUCGAUGCCAAGGUGGCGAGUCACAAGCGGUUGAGGGGCGGUGUCGUGUUUGUGGAUGCGGUGCCCAAGAGUGCGAGUGGCAAGAUUCUGAGGCGCGUGCUCAAGGAGACAAAGUAA